UCAUGUUAGGUCGAAUCUGGCGAAGAUGUGCAAUACCCAAGGGUCGAAAGCUUUGAUUCCACCGCCGAGGUUGACCAUUUACAUGGGGUGACCGCCCCGUAAGAACAUCAAUCGAACGACCAUGUCUACUUCUUACUUCUUAUAGAUUCGACGCCUCCAUCCAAGCAUAAGUCUCUAACGAGCUGCUUGCUCUCCCCUCGAUCUUUCAUCACUCUCGCUGUUGCUUGUAUAUCUGAUUAUUUCUAUUCCAUUCCACUCGGCCGCAAAUAUGGGCACCGUCGAAGUGGCCGGGGACGGAAUGGCGCUUUAUUAUGGUGCGAUUAUCUUGCUUGUGUUAAGCUGGAUUAUUUUCUCAAUGCGUGUUGGAGUGCGGAUAUGGAGGAAGGCCUUUGGAAUGGAUGACUAUCUGAUGUCCGUUGGAAUCAUUCUUUUUUCGGUUACAGCCGGCCUAUGCAUUGCCUGUUGCUACUAUGGCUCCGGUCAGUUUUCUCGUGAUCUGCCUCCCUUAACAAGGGCGAAAGGAAUCAAACUUUUCUACAUUGCGGAAUACUUCUAUGCCGUCAGCGCCAUGUUCAUCAAGAUCAGCGUUGCAGUAACGCUUCUGCGUAUCGCUGCUGCUCAUCUGCCGUUCAUAUGGGCAUUAUGGGCACUUAUAGGUGCCACUAUAAUUGCCGCUCUUGUUUUCUGUGUUGGCAUUGCGAAUGUUUGCCAUCCAAUUGACACCUUAUGGGGUGAAUCCAAAGGCAAAUGUAACCUCCAGCUGAACACCGACGUCAGCUUGUUCUUUUCGGCCAUCGAGAUCAUGACUGAUUUUAGUCUCUCGAUAAUGCCGGCCAUUUUGUUGUGGAAUGUACAGAUGAACGGCAAAGUCAAGGUUUCAGUCGCUGUAAUGCUUGCACUCGCCUCCUUUGCGUCCUGCGCAACCAUCGUUCGCCUCAAAUACCUUACGCUCUACAGCGACCCCGGUGAAUUUGUGUACGGCACCGGAAAAAUUGGCUUCUGGUCAUUGCUCGAAGAGGGCAUCGGCAUAAUCGCUGGCUCUCUGCCUGCGCUUCGACCUCUCCUCUCCCUUCGCAUUAGGAUCACUACGAGCUCCAACACCCCUGCUGCAUCGGGCAACGCAUACCCACCGGCUUCUAAUAGUAGGAAGACGCCAUCACACUCAGGCGUCAUGAUGAUGGACACUUUCCAAACCUUGGGCGACAAUGAUGAAGCCGAUCAUAGCGAUGGUGAUAGCCAGAGGAACAUCAUAAAGGAGACCAAAUACACGGUGACUUCAACGGAAGUUGCUGGAGCAGGAGGAAAUCGAGAACAAAGCCAAGGGGUGGGGUGGGAUCACAAGAACUCUAGCCGUGUCUGAAGAGCUACAUGACCCCUGUGCGCAAAUUACUACGUCGCAGUCUCCUGGCGAGCGAGGUUGAUAUAUAGUUCAGAAAAUCAACUGUGGGUAGUUGCACCCUCGGCCGAGACUGCAACUACGCAGCGCGUCAGUCAACACAUAGCCAUAUGUACUUGUAUUGUAGCAAUGGAUUGGCUCCUUCACCACGAACAGAGGCUUUGCGAGCAAUUCCCGCCAGCGGUGGUCAUCCAUUUCCUUUAAAUAGUCUUCCGCCUAGCUAGAAUGAAACCUCUGUGUAGUCUGGCAUAGACUAGGCGUAAACCCAGAGAAUACGUUGUAUGUUACCUUCACCUUUCUACGUAACAAUCCCUUCUUCUAGACUAGUAAGAUAUC